GCGACCGUCGAGCGCAGCGUCCAACUUCCAUCAAGCGUUAAUAAUGUCGUUUCAUUCAAUGCAAAACCAAGAAAAAUGGUGUGAAUUCCUCGACCUAUACAGAGAAAAUACCUGCUUAUGGGACAUCCAAAGUAAUACAUACAUGCGCAGAGAUCUAAGAAACGCAUCUUAUAACCUUUUACUGGAAAAAUAUCGAGAAAUCGAGCCGAACGCUACGCUUGACAUGGUGAAGAAAAAGAUUGAUAUAUUCCGGACCGGUUACAGAAGAGAGGUUAAAAAAAUAAACGAAUCUAGAGUUAAUUCGACGUCGUCGGGUUAUGAAUAUAAACCGACGCUGUGGUACUUUGACAAGUUGACUUUUCUGGAUUUCCAAGGAGAUAUCUCUGAUAUUAAAGAUUCAUAUGAAUCAGAUGACCAGGCUAUUGAAUACAUCGAUCUUCCUGUAGAAUAUCCAGAAGAAGAAGAAGAGCCAGACCCAGUGGUAAAGUAUAGACUCAAGAUGAGAAACGUGAACCCCAAGCCUCGCCCGCGGCCACGACAAAGACCGUAUGCAAGAGAGCAAAACAGCCCUCCCUGUGACAGCAAGCAGCCAUCCUUCCCUGGCGAAGCGGAAGAUGACUGCGCUAGUUAUUGCUCUAGUCUUAAACUACAGAUGAGAGAAUUGGACACGCAGCAGAAGUUCAUUGCGCAGAAACUGAUUUCUGACGUCAUUUUUUUGGCCAGGACGUCACAACUCACUCUAGAUUCGUCUAUUCUCAUAAAUAGCUCUGAUAAUUAGUGCUGGACCGAAGCUUAGGUUUCGGUUUCGGCGUAAAAAUAAUUUUUCGGUCGAAGGUUCGGUUUCGGCUAAAACAAUGCCGAACCUUUCGGCCGCGCAGUUAAGCGGUCGCGUUCGGUCUUUACUGUUCCUUAAUUGACUUGCUUGCCUUUUUUUCAGCGAUUUAAACACAUGUAAGUUUCGGUUUUUUUUCGGCCGAAACCUUCAGUUUAGGCAAAAUAUCCGGUAUCGGUCGGGCACUACUGAUAGUUUUUGAAGAUACCUAGAGAAGGUUUCUUGACGUAUUGGGUUAAUCUGAUUUCGAUGUUCAUGCUUUAGAAGAGAAAAAAAUUGGUAGGUAUGCAGCAAUUUUUUUUUUGUUAAUUAAUACAUUUUUUGUUCACUU